UCAUUUUCAUAAUGUAUUUCCAUGAGUGGGUCCUUAUAGUUAGGACCCGUUUCAUUUCCAAUUUUCAUCAUAAAAGCUUAUAAUAUAUGCCAUACUCAUGUCCAUCAAUCCCCACAUCAUCUCUCUCUCUCUCUCUGCGUUUAUAUAGUACUCCACUCUUCUUCUUUCCACUCCACACAAAAGAAGAAAAAGAGAGAAAUGGGUAACUCUUUGAUCUCUCUUCUCUCAAUCUUCCACUUGCUGGUGUUAUGGGGAUCCUCAGUGAAUGCCUAUUGGCCACCAUCACCUGGUUAUUGGCCAAGCUCCAAGGUUGGUUCCCUCAACUUCUACAAAGGUUUUAGGAAUCUUUGGGGUCCUCAGCAUCAGAGAAUGGACCAAAAUGCCCUCACCAUCUGGCUUGAUAGAACCUCAGGAAGUGGAUUCAAGUCAGUGAAGCCAUUCAGAUCAGGCUACUUUGGAGCAAACAUCAAACUCCAACCUGGCUACACUGCUGGAGUCAUCACAUCUCUCUAUCUAUCAAAUAAUGAGGCACAUCCAGGGUUCCAUGAUGAGGUAGACAUAGAAUUUUUGGGGACAACAUUUGGGAAGCCUUACACACUUCAGACAAAUGUGUAUAUUAGAGGAAGUGGUGAUGGGAAAAUCAUUGGCCGUGAGAUGAAGUUUCGCUUGUGGUUUGAUCCAACUAAAGAUUUUCACCAUUAUGCUAUUCUUUGGAGCCCUAGAGAAAUCAUAUUUUUGGUGGAUGAUAUUCCCAUAAGAAGAUACCCAAAGAAGAGUGCGUCUACAUUUCCUUUAAGACCAAUGUGGCUUUAUGGUUCCAUAUGGGAUGCUUCUUCUUGGGCAACGGAAGACGGUAAAUACAAAGCCGACUAUAAAUAUCAACCUUUCACUGCUAAAUACACCAAUUUUAAAGCGCUCGGCUGCACCGCCUACUCGUCAGCUCGGUGCUAUCCGUUGUCGGCUUCGCCAUACCGUUCUGGCGGAUUAACCCGACAACAACACCAAGCCAUGAGAUGGGUUCAAACACAUAGUAUGGUAUACAAUUAUUGCAAAGAUUAUAAGCGAGACCAUUCUUUAACGCCGGAAUGUUGGCGUUAGGAAAUAUUCGAUGAAAGUCCCAAAGUUUGAGAGUUUUAAUCACAUCAAAGUUAAUACCAGAAAGAGCUUGGUACAAUUUUGGGAUUUUUUUCAUUACUAUUAUUAUGUGGUUGGUUGUUUCACGAAAAUAAAUUUUCUUUUUUUUUUGACUUAUCAUCUUUUCUUAUGUAAAUGUAUCCAGUACGGUACCAUAUUGUUUUGUCAAUCGUCUGUGACUGUGUCUCAUAAACAAAACUGUUUGAAAUGUUGUUCAGUUAUUCCA